AACCCAAAAGCCAAGACAGCGUCCCCCGUCUCUUGCCUGCGGUGAAGCUUCAAGUCUUCCUGGUCAGUGAGAAACAAAAUCCCUAAAAACUAUGGGCGUCGAGAAGAGAGAGAGAGAUUCGACGGAGGAGGAGCGCGGGAACAGCAGCAGCAGCAGCAGUCGGAUGGACACGGGGAGGGCGGAGGCUCCGGUGUGGCUGAUGAAGUGCCCGGUGGUCGUAGCCAAGUCGUGGAGCUCCCACAACCCCUCCGAUCCCCACCCGAUCGCCAAAGUCGUCCUCUCUUUCGAUCCCCUCCGUGCUGACGACCCAUCUGCCAUGGAGUUCAAGAUGGAGAUGCCUGGCUCUGCGGCUGCGAAUUUGCCACAAAGUUAUUCCUUGAAUAUGUUUAAAGACUUCGUUCCCAUGUGCGUUUUUUCGGAAACAAAUCAAGGCAAAGUUUCUGUGGAAGGUAAAGUGGAUCACAAGUUUGAUAUGAAGCCUCACGGUACUAACAUUGAGGAGUAUGGGAAGCUGUGUCGUGAAAGGACAAACAAAUCCAUGAUCAAGAACAGACAAAUACAGAUGAUCGACAAUGACCGAGGAGUACUUAUGAGGCCCAUGCCUGGGAUGAUUGGUUUGGUUUCAUCCACCUCAAAGGAUAAGAAGAAAACGGCACCGGUUAAACAAUCAGACAUGAAAAGGACUAGAAGAGAUCGUGGGGAACUGGAGGACAUAGUGUUCAAGUUAUUUGAACAAAAACAACCAAACUGGACCUUGAAGCAGCUGGUGCAAGAAACCAAUCAACCUGCGCAAUUCUUGAAAGAGAUACUGAAUGAGCUCUGCGUUUACAACAAAAGGGGAACGAACCAGGGUACUUACGAGCUCAAGCCAGAAUACAAGAAAUCUGUUGAGGAUACUGAAGAAUAAGCUUUACACUCCGCCUAAUCGAGCGUUAUCCAUUGUUCUCUCAAGAACAGGAAGUCGAAAUGAAUUAGCAAGAAGAAUAGCCAGCUGGUUGCGUGGGGCAGCAGAGUAACAACAUCAAGAACUUCAACCCACGAAAUAUCGGAGGCAAUAGUCUAAUUUUCUUUUUCCAACCUGAAAUGUGCAACUAUAAUGUGUUUGAUCUGACGAGAGAGAUAAAUGCUUCGAUAAACCAAACUUCCGAGGCAAGCGUGUAUAAUUCUGUAUCAGCUUGUAAGAUAAUACUUUCACUACGGUUUUAGCUGAAUAGUUUUAUUACUUUUGAUACUUUGCUGGACAAAUGAAACCAUAUAUGCAUUGUUUUGUAGAA